UCAACACCAUGCCGCACGUCGAAGUGCUCCCAAAUUCAGCUGCAUCCGUCGCUCCGGGAUGGACGUAUGUCGUUGACACCGGCUACGACCCUUCUAAAAUCGCCAUCAACCCGAAGAACAAAAAGCGCGUCGCAGCGCAUCCCGGAGGUGCACGGGGCGAGCACGAGCUCACCUCGAGGCAACAGCUAGCUAUCUCACGACGCAUAGCGGAGCUGAAUAAGGAUAAUGAUCCCAAGCAGAACAUACAGAUACCGGGGAAGACGUCUACUCCGAAGACGCAGAACGCACGCAGAAUUAUACAAUACCAGCGACAGAUCAAACACUGGCUCGAUGAUGAGGAGGCACAGCUCUCUGCUCCCCCACCGAGGGGCGCGACGGCAGCGUCGCGAAUAGCCGCACAACCAUUGCGCAGAUCAAGCACCAUGCCUUCCAUUCCUCCAACGCCUUCCGAAGCAACCCCAGGACCAGCGCCUUCGACAAUACCGCGUCCAGUCCACAGAGAAACCGAUGAUGAUAUCCUGAUGUCCAUCGAGCGCUCUAUGCCACCACCGCUGAACCCAGUCGAGCUUGAGGCUCUCCUCUCCGCACCUCCGCUCUCAUACGCUGCAUCACACGUCGGACCACCGCCUGCGAAUGGCCCGCCGCCGCGACAUUUCUGUGACAAUUGUGGAUAUUGGGGCAAGAUCAAGUGCUUGCGGUGCGGAGCUAGGGUUUGCGGUUUGGAGUGCAAAGACGCGCAUGAGGCAACUCGCUGCUUAAAGUGGGCGUGAUCGGGAAUUGGUCCAGGAUGGAAUCCAAUUCCGACGACUACAAGACUUGAAAAGGGGAUAAGCAAAAGUAUCAAGUGGCAUUACUAUCUUCGAGCGAAGGAAGCUUUUAAAGUUUCUUUUUGGCCAGAUAUCUAUUCCUCGAUUCGGUCCACCAUCAGCCUAUCCUGCUAGUACUGGAAUGUCUGCCCUACCAGUUUCUCGCUGAGCUUCCACAGCUUCUCGACAUCCUCCGGGUUCGUUGCAGUGGGUUUGACAUUGUCGGACAGAUUUCCGUCCUCGAGGUACGCGCCAUUGUAGUCUAGAGCAUCCGUCAGCAAUGGUCCAAAAUGUCAUCGGAGCAUGGUCCUACCCUCAAGCCUUGGGUCAAACGCUGCGACAACGUGCGUCGCUGAGCACUCAUCGAGCGUUUUCAGAUCGAAACUGGCGUCGUCUUCGCCGAGCGGAUCGCCAAUCUCCUUG